ACUGACACCGUGUGUCACAGCAGCGUUCAAUAAACGAUUUGAGCUCGCCUGUAAACAAGUCACUUUUGGCGUCAAUCUCUUGUUGAGCAUUUUAUUUUAUUCUUUAAAGUUUAACAAAAUCAAAUUCAACCAUGUCGAAGGCACAUCCACCAGAAUUAAAGAAAUUUAUGGACAAACGCAUGAUGUUGAAGUUGAACGGAGGACGAUGUGUGGUUGGAAUUUUACGUGGUUUCGAUCCAUUCAUGAAUGUUGUCAUCGAUGAAACAGUCGAAGAAUGCAAAGAUGGUACCAAAAACAACAUUGGAAUGGUCGUUAUUCGCGGAAACUCAAUUGUAAUGGUUGAAGGCCUGGAAAGGGUAUAGCCGUCGGCAUACAUGAACUUUUGAUAUUCAAAAUAAGGGAAUAAAAUAACAUUUUAAUCUGA